CUGCGCGGCCGGGGGCGGGGCCCGGCUGGCCGGCGGCCAAACUGGGUAUCUUGGCGAGACGGGCAGAACGCCGCGUGGAGCGCGCCGCGGAGCUGGAGACCGGCCCCCUCCCCGAGACCCCUCAGCCCUGGCCUGCACCGCCCCCCAGGGACCGAUGAUGUGGCCGACGACGAUUGUGCUGCUCCUGGUUCUGCUGAGGCGCGGGGCGCAGGCGAAGCCGCCCCCGGACGCGGGCCCGCAUGGCCAGGGCAGGGUGCACCAGGCGGCACCCCUGAGCGAAGCCCCGCACGACGACGCGCACGGCAACUUCCAAUACGACCACGAGGCCUUCCUGGGGCGGGAAGUGGCCAAGGAAUUCGACCAGCUUAGCCCGGAGGAGAGCCAGGCGCGGCUGGGGCGGAUCGUGGACCGCAUGGACCGCGCCGGCGACGGGGACGGCUGGGUGUCGCUGGCCGAGCUGCGCGCGUGGAUCGCGCACACGCAGCAGCGGCACAUACGGGACUCGGUGAGCGCGGCCUGGGACACGUACGACACGGACCGCGACGGGCGUGUGGGUUGGGAGGAGCUGCGCAACGCCACCUAUGGCCACUACGCGCCCGGCGAGGAGUUCCACGACGUGGAGGACGCCGAGACCUACAAGAAGAUGCUGGCUCGGGACGAGCGCCGCUUCCGGGUGGCGGACCAGGACGGCGACUCCAUGGCCACGCGGGAGGAGCUGACGGCCUUCCUGCACCCCGAGGAGUUCCCGCACAUGCGCGACAUCGUGGUCGCCGAGACGCUGGAGGACCUGGACAAGAACAGAGACGGCUUUGUUCAGGUGGAGGAGUACAUCGCGGAUCUGUACUCCGCGGAGCCCGGGGAGGAGGAGCCGGCCUGGGUGCAGACGGAGCGGCAGCAGUUCCGGGACUUCCGGGACCUGAACCAGGAUGGGAAGCUGGACGGCAGUGAGGUGGGCCACUGGGUGCUGCCCCCCGCCCAGGACCAGCCGCUGGUAGAGGCCAACCACCUGCUGCAUGAGAGCGACACGGACAAGGACGGGCGUCUGAGCAAAGCCGAGAUCCUGGGCAACUGGAACAUGUUCGUGGGCAGCCAGGCCACCAACUACGGCGAGGACCUGACCCGGCACCACGACGAGCUCUGAGGGCCCCUGAGGACCGGCCCCUCCCCGUUUCGGCCCUGCGGGAUGCCGCUGCUGCCCCCUGGCUGCCAGGGACCCCCGGGGCUGCGUCUCUGCCUCCCAUCCGACCUCAGGGGCCCUCAGAGAACCCCGGGGCGAGUGACCCCGAUCUUCAUCCAGUGCAGACCCAGGCCCGCUCACCCCGAGCCCGGCCUAGGAGAGCGUCCACCAACCCCCAGCCUCCAGCGCACGGACCACGGGACUCCCCUGGCCACGGACAAUAAAAUCCAUGCGGGGCCUCAGCUCUGCGUCGGUCUCCUGGGAGGGGCAAGGCCUGUGCAGGGGCCCAGCCCUGCGCUCUGAGGGGAAGCGGAGACGCAGCUCGAGCAACCCCGGGUGACAGCGCUGUGGGAGGGCCUGUGCAAAGGCCCUGAGGCAGGAGGAUGUCACCCCCUCCACACACGCCCCACCAGCACCGGCCAGGAACAGGCUACACCAGCGCAGGGGACUGGCAGUCAGGCGAGGCUGAGCCUGGAGGGGAGCCCCCGUGGCUGGGGGCUUGGGGGUCACCUGGUAUGCGGGCUGCUCCCAGAGGGGUUCAGACCAGACGGCCGAGUCGUCCCCGUGUGUGUCCAGUCAUCUGUUUGACCCUGAACUGUGAAGUCUGACCUUCCUGACUUCAGGUUUUUGUUAUUUUUUUUUUUCAGGUUUAGCUGGGCUUCUUGGGGUCCCCCCGAGUGGUUCAGGGGCAGUAGCUAUUUGAGCAGACUUUCUAUAAAUAAAUGGGUACCUCCCGUCCCGGUCUCUUA